UUGAGAGGAACACCUAAAAUUAUUUUCAGGUCUGGGGAGGUGGGAAGCCUUACUAAACCCAAUUCAUUGGGGGCACGUGGCAGAAAUACCCUUUACAUUGGUGAUCAGUAGGACGAAUGCCACCCUUGCAGACAGCUAAAAAGAGCUUUAUUUCCCUGUUGAUGUCUCUCGCAGGUGGCAUCUGCCCCAAAACGAUGCAGGCACCAUUAGAUGGGAGGUUAUUCCAUCACAACUCAAGGAACCCCUAUCAACCUCUGGAGGAACCUUUCCAUGGAACCCUGAUUGCGCAUGCCUGUCUUAUACUAUUUGAGUUGUGUUUUUAAAUCUGGUCUUUUUGAGGUCCCAGAUCAAUAGAUUGACACGAUCCUGACACAAGGAUAAAUCACUUCUAUAACCGUUCAUUUACAUUUAGGUUUCCUUUAUUGCACAGUGAGAGCCGUUCUAUGUAGUCAGAGAGUGGAAAGUUCUAAAAUAGACUUUCAGAGAGUCCAAAAAUAGACUGCUAAACUACAAGCUGUUUAGCUAGACUGUUUGCUACAAUGGAGGCCAGUUCUGUGCUCCUGACUCUAACUAAUAUAUAUGUGGCAAUAUUUGCCCUGUUCUGUUUUAAACUUUUAAUCAAGGUGUCCUUGUGUGUGCUCACACAUUUUUACAUUGUGCGAGGCAAUCGGAAGGAGGCUGCCAGAAUAGCAGAGGAGUUCUAUGGAGUAGUACAAGAGGUCUCAGAAAGGCACGGACUAACUUCACUACCAUGGGCAUUGAGAAAUGCACUUUAUGGCGAUUAUAUCUGUCACACCUUUCAGGGAGGUUCUUGGACAGACCGAUCUCCACUACACGAUGCUGCAUUUCAUGGAAGACUACUUACCGUGAAAACACUAAUAGCUCAGGGUUUUAAUGUGAACAUUCUGACCAUGGACAGAGUUUCUCCUGUUCAUGAAGCAUGCCUUGGUGGCCAUGUCUCUUGUGCCAAAGUGUUACUAGAGAAUGGAGCUCGGGUCAAUGUGGUGACAGUGGAUGGAAUCACUCCUCUGUAUAACGCAUGUAGGAGUGGGAGCGUUGCUUGUGUCAGCAUGCUAUUGGAUUAUGGUGCUAACCCGGAGCUGGAAACUCAACUGGCUUCUCCUCUUCAUGAAGCAGUCAUAAGAGGUCACCGGGAAUGUGCAGAAAUGUUAAUCUCAUAUGGAGCAGACAUUGAUAAAGAACUACAGAGCAGUGGUACUCCGCUGUAUUUAGCCUGUGCCCACCAGAAAGCUGACUGUGCUAGAAAGCUUCUUGAAUUGGGCGCAGAUGUGAACCGCGGGAAACUCUUAGACACACCUCUCCAUGCUGCUGCUCGCAAAUCAAGUGAAGAGAUUGUCAAGUUGCUUAUUGACUAUGGGGCCAAUGUGAAGAGUAAAAACACGGAAGGAAAAUACCCCAUAGAGCUGGCAGCACCCAGGAGUGCAGUAGAAAGAACAUUGCUCAUCGCAGAAGGUCCAGCUUCCUUGGCUCAGCUUUGUCGGCUCAGUAUUCGAAAAUUGUUGGGUUCUUCCUGUCUGCAAGUGGUGCCCAGGCUUCAGUUACCUAACAGACUAAUGCAAUUUCUACUAUAUCGAUAGUACUUCAAACUGGCAUUACCCCAUUUUUCUAAUUGUCAUUGAUGCAGGAGCGACAGCUGAUAAUGAUUUUAUUCAUUUUAGAAAAUUAGUUCUCUAAUUUAGAGACUUAAUAUUGUGAUCACAUCAACUAAAACACUAUUGUAAAUGA